GACUGCUAUGUAUUAUAUAUAGCUGUCAUAGGUUUUUAAUCUAUCAUACAUGGCUUGCAACUGUUACCCUACAGUUAAAUUAUUCACUAUAAAUCAUUAUUUAAAUCCAGGGUUGAAAUAAUCUUCAACAUGUAUUUCUGGUAUUGCGUACUCGCAUUAAGCGGAACUGGCCUCGGGGCAUGGCAGUUCCCCCAACAACCCAUGUCUGCGCCUGGCUAUAAGGCACAUAUGGGCGUAGAUGACGACGUGGAUAUUGUCGACGGAAGUCAAUUCAAUGGCGUAACGACAUAUGCGAACCUGCCAUAUCUUAACUGCGUAUCAGAUGAAGAAGUUGGUGAUAAAAAAUACGAUAUUGCAAUAUUGGGCGCACCGUUUGAUACUGGGGUUACGGCUAGACCUGGGGCUCGCUACGGUCCGAAGGGUAUCAGGGCCGGAAGCACAAGGAUAAAGAAAGAGAGUGCAUGGAGCGUGUAUACUGGUAAAAACCCUUUAAAAUCGUGGGCGACAAUUGUCGACUGCGGUGAUGCGACACUACCAUGGCUGGAUAACAACGUCGCUCUGGCAAAACUAGACAAAACACACAAGGUUAUCUCCGGGAGGAAAGCUUCCGACGAAAGCAAUUCUGCACAUCCGAGGAUAAUAGCACUGGGCGGCGACCAUACCACGACAUUGUCGGCGUUGAGAUCGACGUACCAGCGAUGGGGACAAGUAUCUGUAAUUCAUUUUGAUGCUCAUAUAGAUACAUGGGAUCCUACCGUACUUGGAGGCGAUAUUUCAGAUUAUGCCGGCUUGAACCACGGAACAUUUCUUCAUAUCGCACACGAAGAGGGUCUCAUCCGCAACAGCUCCAUACACGCCGGAAUACGGGCACCUGUCAUGCGCAAAACAAAAGACAUGGAAAACGAUGUCCGCUGCGGAUUCGACACCAUCAAAGCCCGCGACUUGGACAAGAUCGGCACUGCAGGUGUGAUCUCGCAGAUCAAAGAGCGUGUUGGAGAUUCCAAGGUCUAUAUUAGCGUCGACAUCGAUGUUCUAGACCCAGCUUUUGCGCCUGCGACGGGAACGCCCGAGAUGGGAGGCUGGUCGUCGAGGGAGCUUCUCACGAUUCUCGACGGGCUGGACGGUCUUCACAUCAUCGGCGGGGAUGUCGUGGAGGUAGCGCCAAUCUACGACACUGCUGGACAAACAACAACGCUCGCGGCUUCUGAAGUCGUUCUCUCCCUAAUCUCGCUUAUGGUUGAGAAUCCGGUGAAGUCGUAGUCAUACAUCUUAUCACCGUCUCCGAAGUCCAGCAACUUAUCGAACUUUAGGUUGGAUUGGAAAUAGUUGUAGUAUCUACAGGAAUGCUCCGACAAAAAUCAAAUAAUGUAUGCUACCAUCUAGUUUAGAGGAGGGAACCCUAGAAGAAAGGGACCAUAACGAUCCAACCUAUACACCACAUUAUGACAAGCCACUUGAUGCA